GCUCUCUCGGGUCAGAAUGUCAUACCCAGGCUAUCCUCCAACAGGCUACCCACCUUUCCCUGGAUAUCCUCCUGCAGGUCAGGAGUCCUCUUUUCCCCCUCCGGGUCAGUAUCCUUAUCCUAGUGGCUUUCCUCCAGUGGGAGGAGGUGCCUACCCCCCAGCCCCAAGUAGUGGCUACCCUGGAGCUGGAGGCUACCCAGCCCCUGGAGGUUAUCCAGCCCCCAGAGGUUAUCCUGGUGCCCCACCACCAGGGGGAGCUCCAUCCUAUCCAGGAGUUCCUCCAGGUCAAGGGUUUGGCACCCCACCAGGUGGAGCAGGCUUUUCUGGCUAUCCACAGCCACCCUCACAGUCUUAUGGUGGCAGCCCAGCACAGGUCCCACUACCUGGUGGCUUUCCUGGAGGACAGAUGCCUUCUCAGUAUCCUGGAGGACAAGCUCCUUACCCAAGUCAGCCUGCUGCGAUGACUCAGGGAACUCAAGGAACAGUCCGACCAGCUGCCAACUUUGAUGCCAUGAGAGAUGCAGAAAUUCUUCGUAAAGCAAUGAAAGGUUUUGGGACAGAUGAGCAAGCAAUUGUGGACGUUGUGGCCAACCGUUCCAAUGAUCAGAGGCAAAAAAUUAAAGCAGCUUUUAAGACCAUGUAUGGCAAGGAUUUAAUCAAAGACCUUAAAUCAGAGUUAAGUGGAAAUAUGGAAGAACUGAUCCUUGCCCUAUUCAUGCCACCUACAUAUUAUGAUGCCUGGAGUUUACGGAAUGCAAUGAAGGGAGCAGGAAAUCGGGAACGUGUACUGAUUGAAAUUUUGUGCACGAGAACAAAUCAGGAAAUCCAAGAAAUUGUCAGAUGUUAUCAGUCAGAAUUCGGACAAGACCUUGAAAAGGAUAUUAGGUCAGAUACAUCUGGGCAUUUUGAACGUUUACUGGUAUCCAUGUGCCAGGGAAACCAUGAUGAGAACCAGAAUGUUAACCACCAGUUGGCUCAGGAAGAUGCUCAGCGUCUCUAUCAAGCUGGUGAGGGAAGACUAGGAACAGAUGAAUCCUGCUUUAACAUGAUUCUCACCACAAGAAGCUUUCCUCAACUGAAAGCUACUGUGGAGGCUUAUUCCAGGGUGGCUAAUCGAGAUUUGCUAAGUAGUGUUGCCCGUGAAUUUUCUGGAAAUGUUGAAAGUGGUUUAAAGACCAUCUUGCAGUGUGCCCUGAACCGCCCUGCCUUCUUUGCUGAGAGGCUCUACUAUUCUAGGAAAGGUGCCGGCACAGAUGACUCCACCCUGGUCAGGACUGUGGUCACUCGAAGUGAGAUUGAUCUUGUACAAAUAAAACAGACCUUCAGUCAGAUGUAUCAGAAGACCCUGGGCACAAUGAUUGCGAGUGACACAAGUGGAGAUUACCGAAAGCUUCUUCUGGCCAUUGUGGGCCAAUAGGAGGGAUUUUUUUUUUUUUUUUAAUAAAUGAAGCAUAUCCUUCAGUGAUUGACCUGCAUGCAGCAGUAUCAACCAUCACCUAACCAAAAGAGCUUUUUACUAAGGACCGUGUCAGGGUAUUGUGCUUGGUUUGCACAUGUGAUUACUGCCUUAAUUCCAAUGUUAUUUUUUUCUCUGUAUACAAUCAAUUUGAAGCCAUAUCACAAUGAUGUAGUACUAAUGCAAUGGUUGUAAGGCAUAAUUUGCACUGUUCUUAUCCUAAUCAGGAUCCCAAAUUGAAUAAAAAAAUCACAGCAGUU